CUUGCGACGGCCGCUGAGCCCCAGAAGCCUCCAUCCAUUCCACCUCGCUCCUCACCAUUCUCACUUUCCCUACAAGUCAUUGAACACAUUGCCCACACCAUGCUAUAGACCAAGCACACGACGCGACUAUGGAUCCCUCAUCUGUGUUGCAUAGCUAGCCCCGUUCUCUCCCCAUUCAAGAUCACUCUCAAGCAUAAUGCUCACCCAAAAGUUGGCUGCGUCGCCAGUCUUCCAUUCCUUGCUCGGCGCGAAUAGUUUCUUCCUCGCCAAUGCCGCAUGGCAGUCUCGACCUUCGUACCUGGCACACCAAACGCGAUCAUUCUCACUUGCGCAACGCCUGCGGGACCAGCAGAAUGCACAGCAAUCCAAGACUUCAGCAGAUGAGACGACUUCAAAUGACGGCGCUGGCGUGGGGAGGGCUGUGCGCCAGCAGAAGUCCGCUCAGCUGAGUGAGAAAAAGAGCAGCGUGAGCGAGGCGACCGGAGCAGACAGUACUGCAAAGGACAGUCCCAUGCAAAGCCUGCCUCCGGGCUGGGAAGAGAAUGCCGAUUACAACAUCAGCAAUUUCUCAGACUUGCCGCAUCGAUUCUUCGGCUACAAUCAACACAUCAAGAUCAAUGAGGACUUCAAGGAAUCGUUACGGCAAGUGCUAUGGCAAUUCCGGGCUCCUAUACGAUACGCAUUUGCGUACGGCUCUGGUGUUUUUGGACAGAAAGCCUCAGGCUCGAGCACAGGCAGCGAAUCCCUCAGUCCACAUCCCAACCCACCUAAGGCUGUCGAGGACUGGCAGAAAGGGGGUGCGAAGAUUAUCGAUUUUAUUUUUGGUGUGAGCCACACUCAGCACUGGCACAGCCUGAACUUGCAGCAAAACCCACAUCACUACUCUGGCCUAAAGCAUAUGCCGUAUAGCUCAGCGCUGGUGUCUUGGAUGCAAGAUGGAUGGGGAGCUGGGCUCUACUACAAUCCAUACAUUACCGUCAACGGCAUCAUGAUCAAGUAUGGCGUGAUUCAUCUUGAUACGCUGGCCAGGGACCUUACGGAUUGGAAUACACUCUAUCUUGCAGGGCGACUACAGAAGCCCGUGAAGAUUCUUCGCGACGACCCCAGAAUUCGGUUGUCAAAUCAGGUCAACCUCAUCUCAGCAUUACGAACAGCAUUGCUCAUGCUUCCGGAGACCUUCACUGAAAAGCAGCUGUACGAACGCAUCACGAGUUUGUCCUACCUUGGGGACCCGCGUAUGCAUUCAAUGAUCGCUUCGGAAGCGCCGAACAAGGUCUCGAACAUCGUAGGAGCUCAGCUUCCUGGAUUUCGACAGCUGUAUGUUCCAUUGAUUGAUAACCUCCCCAAUGUCAACUUCACAGAUUCUCGAACACCAAGGGAGUACGGCUGGGAGAAAGAAGACGCCAUCCGCCACACCGGUACCAUCACCGAGUUGAAGGAUGUUCUUGGUGGCGAAGAUGGUUUGACAUUGGCACAAGAUAUGGAUCCACAAAAACGUGGCAACAUGGUCCGCCGCCUGCCUGCAGAGUUCCGCAAAAAGCUCUACUACCAAUACAUGAAAAAAUUCCAGAUUCCUGGGAGUGCUUUCGGGGACAUCCUGAAAUCGCAACAGGAUGAAGAUCCUUCUGGAGUGAAGCGGCGCGAAGGUGGUGACUUCGAGAAGAGAAUAGCAGAGCAGCCAGAUCUCCCUGAAGUCAUGUCAACUUGUGUUCGCAAAACUGUAGCCUGGCCAGCGGCCAUGCAGUCAGUGAAAGGCGUAUUCACUUCUGGCUUGACGAGAAGCAUUAAAUACGUUGGCGAGAAGCGAUCAAAAGGAAAGGCAAAGAAGGCUGCUGCUCCAAAGCCAGAGGCGAAGGAGGCGGACAAUGAGAAAGAGGAUCAAAGCCCAGCUGCGAAAAAGAGAGAGGAGCUUCUGAAGGAAGAAGCGGAAGAUGGUGAGAAGACAGGAAAGAAAAGUGAACAGGACGCCAGGUGAUGUGUGCCUGAGCUGUGAAUGGACGGUAAUUCUAAGUUGCCCAAUUACGGAAAUGUAAAAACCGGCCUUCAACAAUCUACGUCCAAUGUGGCACACCACAAUUCUCCUUCGGUCAAAACUAAGAGAAUUUAAUGAAGAAUACAAGGGCCAGCUACACGCC